AUGUCUAAAUCAUCGAAACAAAUUGUUACUCCGUCAGCCUCUCACCUCGAUUCAAAGGAGUUCAUCAUCUUCUCGGAGCUACCGUUGGAGAUCCGUCUUUAUAUCUGGAAUUUAGCAAUACCACAGGGAAGAAUAUUGCUCUUUCGAGUUAAAAUCUUGCAAGUUGUUAAAAAUUCAGGGCAGACCUCAUUCAGUCAUCGGCUACCAGCUCCAAAAAUCCUACAUGUCUGUCGUGAAGCACGCAACGAAGCAAUAAAGUCGUUUCGAAGAGAGUCCAACGGUACACGUACUAGUGGAGGAAUAUACGAUGGUGAUUGGUGGAACCCAUCGAGAGACACGAUAUAUAUUCCGUCUUCCCUCCCACCGAAGGGCAACGUCACGUCGCGGGGGAAUCCCGGGUAUCGAAGUUUCAGCAUUGUUGCGGACAUAGAUCCCCAAGAAAUCGUGUGGUUGAGGAAUGCCCACCAUCUUGCAUGGUCAUUUAAAUCUAUGUGGCUUGCAUGGGCGUCCGUCAGACGUGACACCCAGCAAUGGAUCUGGAAUGAUAUGGCACGCUGGCUCCUUGGAUUUCCGAAUUUGAAAACCUUCACAUGGGUUGUAGAUGGACAUGGCAAUCAAGGAAACAGCAAUCCCAUUUGGUUGAAGUAUCCGGAAGUGCCUGUAUACGGAGUCGGGAAUCGGAAACCAGACUCGGAUUUGACUAUCACGCCCUCCAAGAUCAAUGCAAAUCUCCAGAAAGCUUUCGAAAUCAUCAAGUCAGAGAACCCUGAAUGGAACUAUCCUGAAGUGAGAUUUGUGUUUGACGCAAGUAUUUUUUAA